AUGGACCCAAUCACACUCGUCACCGCCACAGCGUCGCUGGCAGGCGCCGUCCUCACUGCUUCGCUAAAGAUCAAGAACACGCUCGAUCAUCUCGAGAACGCGCCCCAGAACGUGUGUGAUAUCGCGGAGGAGAUCUACGCGGUUCAGUACGCACUGAGUCAAGUCGAAGAUGUCGUGCGACGAGACCCGAACGUGAUCGAUCGACUGGCACUCGAAGAUGUCUUUGCCCUGGCUGUGAAGGGCUGCCAUGCCACUUUGCAAAGCAUCCAUAAGGAAUACGAGGAGUUGUUCGAAAAGAAAGAUUGGAAGACGAAGAUACUUGUCUUGUGGAAGGAUGGCGAGAUGACGCGGCUGCUGGGUCGACUUGAUCGGAAAAAAGCUACAUUGACGCUACUCACUCAGACCCUGAAUUUACGAUCGACGCAGGACAUCAAGGACCUGCUGGUCCAGAACCAAUCGACCUUGAUCGCAGCAAGACAGGAUAGCUUCGAAUCAAUUCCAAACAAAGCUACCCAGAGUCCUCGAGCGAGGAUCUCCGAGCCUCUGGAAGAUGACGAGUCCGGAGAUGUGUUUGGAGAUAAUGAGUCGGUGCUGAGCACUACCGAGUUCGACUUUGAUUUCGAUCUGAUCAACACUCGCGCCUACAGACGAGCACUUGCACAGGCACAGGCGGCAAGCAAAAGGUCGAAGCCAGCGCCGUUUAACGUGGAUAAGCCCCUCCCGAAAUUGGCCGAGGAGGAUUCACCUGCUUCAAUGGUUCCCGUUCCUGAAUCAGUCGCAGGCGAUGUCGCGGAUUCGAUCGAUCUGUCCGGAGAGACUAUGACAUUGCAAUCUUCACUCAGUCGAGCAACGACACUGCGUCCGGAAAGCGAACUCGCCCAGUUGGGUUCUCAGAGCCCAGUAUCUGUGACGACUACGAACGGCAAGCAGUCAAAACCUCAGGCCGAGAUCGAAGUUGAGAGUGAGGCGAAGAACAGUCAGAAGACCGGGUCUGACUCCCAAGUUUCUCUGGUAACCGAAGAAGCAAAGAAUGAGAAAGACUCCAAACAGUCGAUGCGCAAACGGAUGAACAAACAUGCCGAAAAAUCUCGGCUCCAAUUAGCAGAGGCAAAAGAGAAGGCCAACCGAAGGAAACCGCACGGAAGGCCCAACUUAUCGAAACAACUCAGCGAGGGCGGCUCAUCUUUUGCAUCGGCGGAAACCAUACGAAUUGAAGAUGCCCAGGAGCAAGAUCUGAGCCGUGUCGCUGAGAGCCAGUCGGAUGAUGUUCUCAAUAAGCUCGACAGCCGCAAGCACCGGAGAUGUGCUCGAAAGACCGAACUCCGGCACCGACCUCGAGGGAGUCGAACUACUAGUGAGAACUCAGGGUUGAACGUCCCGACCAUCUCUCAGGGUUUGAGAGAUAUGCACAUCAAGGGCUUCUCUGACGCGGUUGAAAAGGUGGAUGAUGCGGUGCGCCAACUCGGUCUUUCGGAUCAUGCGGCAUUGAGAAGGGAAAGGAUUCGACGGAGACACGGACAGACUGCUUGA